UCAGGGAAGCAGUUUCCGGGUUUCCCUUCCUGGGCUGGGACAGCAGCGAGAGACGAGAAGCUCCGGUUGUUGAACAAUACCUCAAAGUUGCGCACAGGCUCGUCUAAUAAACAGCUGCAAUGUCUCAGUCUGGAGAAAAAAGUAAGUUUCCAGAUGCAGCAGGUUAUGUUGGUUUUGCUAAUCUCCCAAACCAAGUGCACAGAAAAUCUGUGAAGAAAGGUUUUGAAUUCACCCUAAUGGUUGUAGGAGAGUCUGGUCUGGGGAAAUCAACACUAAUAAACAGCCUGUUUCUCACUGACCUGUACCCUGAGCGCUACAUCCCUGGUGCUGCAGAGAAGAUUGAGAGGACGGUGCAGAUUGAGGCAUCGACUGUGGAAAUUGAGGAGAGAGGAGUAAAGCUUCGCCUCACCGUGGUCGACACUCCUGGAUAUGGUGAUGCCAUCAACAGCCAGGAUUGCUUCAAGACCAUCAUCCAGUACAUUGAUAAUCAGUUCGAGCGAUACCUGCAUGACGAGAGUGGACUGAACCGCAGACACAUAGUGGACAACAGGGUGCACUGCUGCUUCUACUUCAUCUCUCCAUUUGGCCAUGGAUUGAAACCUCUGGAUGUGGAGUUCAUGAAGGCCAUUCACAGUAAAGUCAAUAUAGUCCCAGUCAUCGCUAAGGCUGACACCCUGACACUGAGGGAAAGGGAUCGCCUGAAGAGGAGGAUCUUGGAUGAGAUUGCGGAGCAAGGGAUCAAAAUCUAUCAGCUUCCAGAUGCCGACUCUGACGAGGACGAGGAGUUCAAGGAACAGACCCGAGUCCUGAAGGCCAGCAUUCCCUUCGCUGUGAUUGGCUCCAACCAGCUGAUUGAGGUGAAGGGUAAGAAGAUCCGUGGUCGUCUCUACCCAUGGGGAGUGGUGGAGGUGGAGAACCCCGAGCACAACGACUUCCUCAAACUGCGCACCAUGCUUGUGACUCACAUGCAAGACCUCCAGGAGGUGACACAGGAUCUGCAUUAUGAGAACUUCCGCUCGGAGAGGCUGAAGAGAGCGGGCAGAGCUGUAGAUGAAGAUGUGAUGGAUAAGGACCAGAUCCUGCUACAGAAAGAAGCAGAGCUGAGACGCAUGCAGGAGAUGAUCGCUCAGAUGCAGGCACAGAUGAAGAUGAAAUCAGAUGAGUAAACGACGCCAAGCUGAAGCCCCAACAAGCACAUACGAGUCUCUACAAUAUAUAUCUAUAUACACACUCAAACCUGGUGGUUCAACGCUUCCUGACACUACUCCGCAGCCUGCAAACACACAUCCAUCCACUGCUCUGGAGCGCCACACUUUUCCUCUCGACCAUCUUUUUUAAGACCUUGUUUACAGCCCAGAUCGGAACUAGUCACUGAAAGAGACGGAACACAAUUUAUUGAUUGUGAAAUCAUUUCACUUGUAUCCGUUAUUUAGCCUUCAUCUAAAUUAUUGUCCUCCUAGCUGCCAGUGACAAUGGUACUAAGUCUUUGCCAUGAGAAGUCUUGUUUACAAAGAUAUAAUGUACGAGUUGUGAGUUUCUUUCACGUCCAAGCUCCACGAGGUACAGUGUUUCAUUCAUUUUACUGUCACACUAACACUAUUUUAUGGUUCUUUUAAAGAAAAUAAUUAAAAAAAAACAGUUGGUAUGUAUAUCUAUGAGUCAGUGAGGCCGCUGCCUUUAACUCUGUGUAGUUUCAACACUUUGUGCCUGUUUGCUGACAUCUGUCAGUGCAAUAACCACAUUAUUACCACAGCCAGGAAGAAUCUGUGUGAUAAUCUGUCCUCUUUCAGGAUGAGAAACACUUCCAUUUCUUGUUUGCCUCUGUUAAAUCAGGAAUUAAUUUAGUAGCCUACAGUGAAAAUUGAUGUUUAUUAGUGAUACAACCAGACUUCAGGAUCAAUAACAUUUCUUGCUUUUCAGGAUUUGAUCUUUAUUUUAGUGCCAAACUACAACUGAUGACUGAAAAUUAACCCAGUGAUCCUGAAUCUUGUGUGUCUUUAUGCUUUCAGUGAUGUUAUUUAAUGUGUGAAGUUGUCUGUUUGUACCUUACACACACAGAUCCUCAACAUACUGUAUUAAUACUUUCACUAUGAAACUCACAUUCAAUAAUAUUUCACGGUACUGUGUGUAAAUCCCUCCAGCCAUCUGUGAGCAGCAGACUAAACACGCUAACAUUUCUUCAGCUCUGUUUCUGAGAGGCCUUCAGCAUCAGUCUGCUCUUCUGUAUUAGGUUGACGUUUGCAUAUUUGACUGCUGAAUUAAGACACAUAUAAUUUUUUUUUCUUAACUGUGUCUGU